GUUGUUCACGUGUGAGCGGUGUUUCAAACAAAACGUCUGUGAGGAAGAAACAAAGGUUAGCUACAUCCGGGGUGGAAAAAAUGUCGCAUAAAUGAAAUUGACAAAUUUAUUUGUGUGUUUACGAGCUUUAUCUCUCAGAUUCGACUUGUUACGGGAGCGUGUGCGCAGGCGCGAAGCAUCAGCAUCCCCAGGUCAGCUGGAUGCAGACCUAACCGGAAGGAUGCUGCGAGUCGGGAGGAAGUCGUGCGGAUUGUGUUUUUUGACGCCGUGACACUUUGCGCCCUUUUCUCUUGGUGUCAAAAGCCAUUGUUUCCACUAUGUUCCCAUCCUGUUACUCCAAACCUGCAGAGAGCGGAGGCAAGAGGAGCUCCGUCGCUAAGCUGCUGCUGGGAGUGUUCGUGGUGUAUAUGCUGCACACCGCCUGGCUGCUGUAUGGCUUCCUCAACACCAAACCCUGCGAUGGAGCCAGGGGAGAGCCCUGCAUUACUUCCUACCUGGCGGCCAAACCCAGACUGCAGAUGAGUGUCUUUACCUGCCUUGUGCCAGAUAACAGCCAGCUCACCCUCGCUCUAAGGGUAGACCUCUUUGACCCUCACUCUACGUUUGAGAGACAGGUGAGCAUCUCUCUGCCAGAGGAGACUCAGAAUAAUGGCUCUCUGUACGCAAUUGUUUAUGUUCACAAAGCCGGAGUUUCACCCCUAGAGGACCGGAGAGAAGUCCACUACGCUGCUCAUCUUACCACAUACACAACUCCUCCACGCACAAAAGGCCAUAAGGCCUCAACGAAGAAGCGUGAAUCUCAAAGGCCUGUAUCGCACUGGAGACCUCACCUGUCCAUCACUGUGAUGUCAGAGGACUUCAGCUUCAGUAAGGCGGGGCUUCCCAGUGACGUGCGACGAUACAUGAGAAUAUCCCAGGAGGGCAGACGGAUGACUUAUCUGCCUCUGCUGCUGGUCAAUGAGCUCAGCUGCAGAGUCAAAGACCUCAUGGAGAUCAACAGCAGCAGCGUGCAGCUCCCUCUAACUGUGUCCUACGAAGGAAUCUCUCUGAGGACGUUCAGGUUUUGGAUCCACCUGCAUGACAUAGUUUAUUCCCUCCGACAGUUUGGUUUCACUGAGGAGAAUAUUGAUGAGAUUAAAGAGACUUUAAUAGGAUCCAACCUUUACCUGCUAGUGCUGACUGCACUCAUCACAUCUCUGCAACUCAUUUGUGAAUUUCUGGCUCUGAAAAAUGACGUAUGCUCGUGGGCGAAAAAGAAGAGCAUGGUGGGAAUGUCGAGGAAGUCAGGUCAUUUUGACCUUCUUUUCCAUAUUGGAAACAAUUUGACCAAACAUCGACUGCAAGUGAACGACCGCAUCGUUUCCUCUGUUCCAUUUCCAGUUUUAUGGCGCUGUCUCGGCACUUUGCUGAUUUUCCUCCAUCUGCUGGAGGAGACCAGUCUGCUGGUGCUCCUUCCUGUCGGACUGGGAGCGUGUGUAGAGGUGUGGAAGGUGUUUAAAGUGUUUAAAAUCCAGCUGAGCAGGAGGUUUCAUACAAACAAGCUGGAUGAAGAGGAGCGAAAGACGGUGGAGUACGACACGCAGGCCUCCAGAUACUUGUCCUACUUGGUGUAUCCUCUGUGCAUCAGCGGAGCCGUUUUCUCUCUGGGCUACAUACGCCAAAAGAAUUACUAUUCUUGGCUGGUCAACACCCUGGUCACUGGUGUGUAUGCACUUGGCUUCUUAUCUAUGGCUCCUCAGCUCUUCAUCAACGACAAGUUGAAGUCUGUGAGCCACAUGCAGGGGGCAGUGUUGAUGUACAGAGGGGUGAACACACUGAUUUCAGAUCUGUGCGCCUGCGCUUCCUUCUUCUCCUCAUCUGUUCCUUUCACCUCCUCGCAUCAGCUGUCCUGCUUCAGAGACGAGCUCCUCUUCCUCCUGUACCUCUUCCAGCGAAGUUACUCUUCAAUUCCUAAAAGGAGGGAGAGUGUUUCUAAGAAAGUGAAGACGCAGUGAAUGAGAAGGACACGUUGAAGAGCCAGUGGACAACACCGCAGACGGCCCAUCUAUCUCCGUUCAGCUGGAACCGAUCGACCUCAGAGACGGGAACAAGAAAGGAACCUCUGCCUGGUGGAGACAGACUGAUCUGAGACCUGCGGUUUUUGCUUCUAGCUCUCAACGUCUGUAUCUGCAGAGCUGAUGCUUUUAGUUUUUUUUAGAUAAACUUCCAUUUUACUGCUGAAAAGAGUGAACAGUCACGUAGAGAGGUCUCAUCUUUAGUUACCCUCCUGCUCCAUCGGUUCGCCUCCUGUAGCGUUCUUUAUUUUGCUGUGGUGUUGUAACAGAUCAAGUGUUAUAUAAACAAUCACCUUUGGUUUCCAACUUAAAUAAUAAUCUCAUAAACUGAUCCACUCUGGACUCGUCAAAGUUUAGUAAGAACCAGGUGUCAUUUGUCACAGUUUCCUUUCUUGAAGAGGAAGCACUUGCGUUUGUAUUCUUCUCUCAUGUAAAAUCCCAAUAAAUUAUGUUAAAGUUU